GCUCUAGUGCCCCGCCCCAACGCUUUCCCGCUCGGCCUUUCGGUUUCUUCUAAGGCCCCUCCUCUCUUCCGUAAAGAGCAGAAGUGGAGCUGGCUCUCCUGGUUCUGGGUCCCCGGUCCCGGUUGUGCCCGGGGGUCCUGGGGCCAAUCGGUAACAGCCGGCGGCAUGAUGUGGGCGCUUGCUCUCUUGCACCCCUUCCUGAGCCUCCUGCCGGAGACCCGCGCCCGAUCACACUCUCUGCAGUAUUUCUACUCGGCUAUGUCCGAGCCAGUUCUAGGAAAACCUGCAUUUACUGCUUUGGGCUUUGUGGACGACCAGCCCUUCAUUCGCUAUGACAGUAAGGAAAUGAAGGCAGAAUCUUGUGUUCAGUGGUUGACAGAAGAGCCAAGUUACUUUGAUGAUGAGACUAAGAUCUUCAACAGUCGGAUGAAGAUUUUCCACUUAAAUCUGAGGAAUUUGCAGCAAUAUUACAACAAAACCAUGGAGGAUGGUCUGAACACAGCACUCCCACAAAAGCAAGCAGGUCCCCACACCCUCCAGUUCGCCUACGGCUGUGAGCUCCAUGAGGACGGCAGGACCACAGGGCACUGGCAGUAUGGCUAUGAUGGUGACGACUACCUGAGGCUGGAUAUGGACUCUCUGCAAUACACCGCAGCCACAUUCAUUGCUCAAUACACCAAACAAAAAUGGGAGGCCAGUGGGAACUUCAUAGAGAGAGACAAGAACUACUUGGAGAAGGAGUGUGUCCUGUGGCUGAGGAGAUACUUGAAAUUUGGAGGGGAGAGCUUGAACCGCACUGAGCCUCCCAGGACACACAUGACCCACCACCCCAUCUCUGACCGUGAGGCCACCCUGAGGUGCUGGGCCCUGGGCUUCUACCCUGCGGAGAUCUCACUGACCUGGCAGCGUGAUGGGGAGGACCAGGCCCAGGACACGGAGCUCGUGGAGACCAGGCCUGCAGGGGAUGGGACGUUCCAGAAGUGGGCGGCCUUGGUGGUGCCUCCUGGAGAGGAGCAGAGAUACACAUGCCACGUGCAGCAUGAGGGACUUCAGGAGCCCCUCACCCUGAGAUGGGAUCCGCCUCCUCGGCCCAUCAUGGGCAUCAUUUUUGGCCUGGUUCUCUUCGUGGUCAUUGGAGCUGUGGUGGCGAGAGUUGUGAUCCGGAGGAAGAGGUGCUCAGAAUGUACACCACUAAGAGGUAAACAAGCUAACUUUGGACUUUGAGUGAUUAUUGUGAACGAAAAAUACUGCAAACCGUAUCAGUAAACAAAGAAUGCUGGAGCCAUCAAGUCAUCAGCUGCUGCCACCAACCCCUGAGUGGAGACAAGCCUGCAGCCCGGCCUCUGCAGCCACCCACAG